AGUACCCAGUUUUUACACUGCCAUCGUAAAUUGUUUAAGUUGUUAGUAUAUGAGGAAAAAGACAAACUGUAUUAAUGCAUUGUAAAUAUUUUUCUAGAAUUUAAGAGUUAGAAUUGUUUUAUCUUAUUUUUACAUUGUAUAGGCGCUUUACUAAAAAAUUUUUACUGUAAUAUAUCAUUAAUUUUAGAAUGUGUUCACAUUGUGUAAAUAGUUCUUAGAACCAUGAAUAAUUUAGGAUUUUUAUUGUAAAAUAUAUAGCAGUAAUUAAUUAUUAGAUAAGUAUGAAUGUUCAGUGCAAUUAAAAGUUACUUAUUCAGAAUUUAUCUUUAUAUGGUAACCUUGAAUCAAGAAAUGAUUUACAAUUUUUCACGCAAGAGGACGACCUCAUCAAUUUAGCGCGCUAGCGUACACGUGAUUUCCUAAAUUAAAAGUUGAAUACAACAUUUCUGCUUUAUUUAUCAGUUUCCUACAUGUUGUGACGGUAUUUACACUUAUAAUAGUUUGAAGUCAUCUAUUAUUAUCAAGAAUGAAUAAGAAGGACAAAAUUCAAUUGUUGAGGAAUGCAAUCAGAAGUUAUCCUGACUUUCCUAAACCUGGUAUUAUAUUUCGAGAUAUAUUUGGUGUAUUCCACAAUGUAGCAGCAUUGAGAGCGAUGAGGGAUUUAAUAGUAGAACAUAUUUUAUUCCUUGAAGUUGAUUUGAUUAUAGGUCUUGAUUCAAGAGGUUUCCUCUUUGGACCCAUUAUAUGCAUGGAAAUGGGCAAGCCUUUUGUACCUAUUAGGAAGAAAGGCAAACUCCCAGGGGAGAUAUUACAAAAACCUUAUACUCUUGAAUAUGGGGAGGAUACCUUUGAAAUACAAAAGGAUUAUAUAAAUAAAGGGGCACGGGUGAUCAUUGUAGAUGAUCUGUUAGCCACAGGAGGUUCCAUGACAGCUGCAGUAGAAUUGGUAAAAUCUGCUGAAGCUGAGGUGAUUGAAUGCUUAGUAAUAAUUGAACUAACUAAUUUAAAUGGAAGAGACAAGGUUAUGUUUACAUCUGAGAAAUGUCAAAUGUGACAUUGUUUGCAUCAUUCGCGUUCUUUUAUGAGUAUAAAAGUGACAAGUAAUAAAAGUAAUAAAUGUGUAACAAUUAAUAUUAUUUCUAAAUUGUCACACAAUAGUGUUAGAACGCUUAUAAAAUAAGUUUUAUGUAUACAAAUUUGAGUGUUAAUGAUACUUUCAAUACAAUGCUAUUAGCAGUCAAUAAAUCAUAAUUAUUGUUGUAGACAAUUUUUAUAAAAAAUUGAUAUAUCGACAAAUAAAACAAAAGUUGAUAUAUUUUUUAAAUUAUUUAUUUUAUCAUUUAAAUUGUCAUAAC